UUGGUCAGACAACUGCAAUUUUUAGUUUUGCUGCUAUUUCCGUGUCAGUCCGCUAAUUCAGGAAAGUGAAACAUGCAAGUCGUAAUUUGAUUUGAUGUUUGCUUUUAAUACACAGUUUUCCGUGUCAUUAAGCAAAGCUAACUUCUGCACUAUUUUCCAGUUCCCAUCUCCAUUUAUCUACAACACAGACAAGAAGAGUACCACAGAGAAACAAACCAAGAAAACUAAAAUGUGGUUUUUCAGGAGAAAAGGGGCAUCUGGGUUUUCGUAUAAUUCUACUGCUGAGGAAGUUACUCAAGGAAUUGAUGGCUCUGGUCUCACUGCCAUUGUUACAGGAGCAUCAAGUGGUAUUGGAUCUGAAACUAGCCGUGUUCUUGCUUUGCGUGGAGUUCAUGUUAUCAUGGCCGUCAGGAAUAUGGCUGCUGGAAAAGAUGUUAAAGAAACAAUAGUUAAGGAAAUCCCUGCUGCUAAAGUUGAUACGAUGGAGUUAGAUCUAAGCUCAUUGGCAUCAGUGAAGAAAUUUGCAUCUGACUUUAAAUCAUCAGGUCGCCCAUUGAACCUUUUAAUUAAUAAUGCAGGAGUGAUGGCAACUCCCUUUAUGCUCUCAAAAGACAACAUAGAGCUGCAAUUUGCUACAAAUCAUCUAGGUCAUUUUCUUUUGACGAAUUUGUUGUUGGACAAGAUGAAGGAGACAACACGUAAAACAAAGAGAGAGGGAAGGAUUGUGAAUGUUGCAUCAGAGGCUCAUCGAUUUGCAUAUCGCGAGGGAGUAAGGUUUGACAAAAUUAAUGACCGCGAAAGCUACAACAGCUUCGGUGCAUAUGGCCAAUCAAAGCUGGCUAACAUACUGCACGCAAAUGAGCUUACGAGACGCUUAAAGGAAGAUGGAGCUGAAAUAACUGCAAAUUCACUUCAUCCUGGAAUGAUCACAACCAAUCUUUUCCGUCACAUGGGUGUUUUUGAUGGUAGUCUUGUAAGCAACCUUGGAAAACUUGUGCUUAAAAAUGUACAACAGGGAGCAUCAACCACCUGUUAUCUUGCGUUGCAUCCACAAGUGAAGGGAGUAAGUGGUGAAUAUUUUCUGGACAACAAUUUGGCGACAACAACAGCGAAGGCUAAGGACAUGGAUUUAGCUAAAAGGCUUUGGGAUUUUAGUAUGGAUUUGGUCAAGUAACGUAUUACAUGUCGUACUAGUAAUAUAGAAAAGUAACUUUGUAUUUGGUCGUUUGUAAUCUUAUUAUUGCACUGUAGUGUUAUCAAAUCUUCAGCUUUCUGCAGAUGUUCAACGUAUGGACCGAGCAUGCUUAAAAUGAAAAGCUUUUGUGAGCCUCUCAAAGCAAGAAAGCCUGAGCGGGCGUUCUCUUUAAAAAACUGGAUCGAUAUUCUAUUA